CAAGUUGACGGUAAUUCAUCACUCAACAACAGUUGUAAGCAAAUUGACGGAAAUCUACGGCCGCAACUUGAAUACAAGUUAACAAUCAAACUUGUAGUUAAAUUUCCUUUCAACUUUACUACAAUUUGACGGAAAUACUUGUACAGCAAGUUUUGACGUCUAUUUGCAGAGUAAGUUAUAGGUAACUAAUAGGUAAUCGCUCGCUUUGCCAGCUCUUUCCGUCAAGUUUGCUUCAAAUUGCGGAUGUAGAUUGACAGUAAGUUAUAGAGAGGAAGUAACUUUUGCGGUUUCCAUUCUAGAAAACUAGUCCGGAUUUGAUAAAAUAAUCAUUUUUCACUGAGUGUGUCUGUAGUGCAGUGUUUAUUAAAUUAGUCAUUAAUAAUAAAAUUUUAAUUAACCAUUAAUAAUGGAGGAAAUAACUCUAGAAAUAGCCGACAAUGAAAAGAAAAAAGACAAAGAAGAAAUACAGGUCGCUGGAACAAAAGAAAGCAUCGUAACAAUAGACACAACUGACAAAAGAACCCGCCGAGCCCAGCGACAAGAAUAUACAUUCGCAGCUAAAAAAACCGUGGCCCAGGGUAUGAUGGACGUGGCGUUGAUAACUGCGAAUGCCAAUCAGCUAAGAUAUCUCAUCGAGUACCAGCGCGAAAGCCCGACAUUUUUUGUAAUAGUCUUCCUGAUCGUGUUCAGCCUAGUCCUGCAGAUCGCCGUUGGCAUCAGCUUGAUUUUCAAAGGCCGGUUUGACAUAAAGGGAAAAUCGAAAUCUCCUGAAGCCCAGAUGAUAAAUAAUUACGUAGUUGUCGGUGUUUUUCUCAUCACUAUUAUAAAUGUUUUCGUCGCGGCCUUCAGUGUCACUUCUCCGGCUUCAAUUCCACUGUCACCUAAUGCAACUAAUCAAUAAUUUUUUUUUUUUUUUUUAUUUACUCGACGAUUUUUUAAUUGUUUUUUUAAUAUAAAUAUUUUUUAAUAAAAUUAGGUCAUUAACAAAUUUUCGGAAUAUUAAAUUUAUUUAUAAAUUUGUGACCUAAUUAAUGUUGGCAGUAAGAUCAGGAACUGUUUUAAAUAAAUAAAAUAAUCAAGGUUACAGUUGAUAUAUUGGAUAAAAAAUAAAUAUGUAUGUGUAUAUAAGUCAACUUGAGGCAUCUGCGUCAUCGCAAAAAGCUCUAUCGUCACAGCUUUUGACAGAGCACAGGUAUACUGAUCAAAGAAGACUAGAGAAAGAAGAAAUAUAAAUCUAUAUAGACAAUAUAUAACGAAGACUAUGAUAUUGCGCUGAGCGGGUAGUAUGAAACAAAAGGUAAGUGCAGUUAGCAAUUGCCAAAGUCAUACGCACGUUCAGUGGUUAUAUUUAUUAUAUUACCAGGUUAUAGUUAAUAAAAUUAUCAAGUGAAUAGUGAAUAGUGUCUUUAGGACUUACUUUUUAUCAAUAUGGGAAAAGGCAAAGGAGGUGGAGGAGGUGGCGGAGCUAAAGGAGGAGAU